AUGGAACAAGCAUACUCUAUAGCAAAUGAGAAUGCAAAGAAAGCUGCUGAAAAGGGCAAAAGACACUACGACACAAAAGUAAGGAGUUCUGUGUUACAACCUGGCGAGAGAGUUCUGGUCAAAAACCUGACACCUAGAGGAGGCCCAGGGAAACUGAGAGACUAUUGGGAGGACACUGUUCACACAGUAGUCAGAAAAAUGGGGCCUGACCUCCCCAUCUUUGAGGGAUGUAACAAUUCUGAUGGUUUUCUACAGCAGGAAAUGUCACUAAAAAUGUCCAUGUGUCAGUUCUCUGUUCCUCUGCUGCUUUCCAAUCAAGACACGAAACAGUGCACACUCAUGCUGUGGGCCAUGAGAGAUAUUGUUAAAAAGUACAGACCUCAGUCUCUGUCAGAAUCCAAGGGCUUCAUUGAAGACAGAAUCGUUCUCUCUGAACUUCCAAUGAUCUCUUUUGUCAGACUGGGUGAGUGCUCCUUGUCCAAGUCAGAGAUUCUCAAUAAACUUCUCAGCAAUUCUCAGCAGUACCAUGACACCUUUGUUCAUCGCAACAUGGAGUGUGGUGACAGUCCAAGAAGAAUAUCCAACGGACUGACUGAAAUUACUUGGUAUCUUCCUGGUGGAAACACAAACAUUGAUAUUUUCAGUCAGCCAGUGGCUGUAGCUAACCUUCGUGGGGACAUUGCUUCAUUUGAAACUCAAUACUCCUUUUUGUGCCAGACAUCUGCAGCAGUUUUUGUGUUCUUUGACCAUUUGGACUCUGAGUGCAGUCUACUUACUAACCAACACCACAAGGCACAGAUCUUCUUGGUAGGUAACUAUGAGAGCCAGAUCUUCAGUUUAGAUACUUUAGAAACAGUAGCAACAAUGUUGGGCUUGACUAACAACAACAUCAUUAUUAAGACAAAACAAAAAAAUGCUGCCAAUUUUGUCAAAGGCUUGAGGAAAACAAUCAGUGAUGUAGUUGAGAACUCACAGAUAAAGAUGCAAACAGAGCAGAUGGCAGAAAUUGCCCAUGAACUGGGAAUCCUGGUUGAUGAAGACUCUCCAGAGUGCCAGAUAUCAAGGAAAAAUGCAGAAGCCAUCACUGCUGAAAUUCAAGAUAUCCAUAUAUUCAAAGAAGAUCAGCUUCAACAGCAAGGUGAAAUAUGGAAAGAACUGACCUGCUUAGAGAAGGAAGAAUUUCGGCUUAAAAAAGUUGGCUCCAAAAAUAUAGAAGAUUACAAAAGUGAACUUCAGCUGCAGAAAGAAAAACUGAGGAAAAGGCAGAACUCUUAUGACAUGUCCACAGCUAUGACAUGUUUCAUCAAUGCAAUAUCAAGCCCAGGAACAGAGAGGUUUUAUUUCUUGAAAUGGAUGCGAAUGAACCUGGAUAACCUGUCUUGUAUAAAACUGUCGGAACUUCGGGAGAAAUAUAAAGAAAAAUGUAAGAACUCUGAGAACAAAGAGGAGAUCAAGGCGAUUGACAGACAAAUUUCCAACAGCUCACUGGGGACUGAACACUUCUUCCGUGAAAUGGGUCAGAUCUAUGAAACCUCACUGUCCCUUUCACAAACAGAUCCAGCACGUCAACAGUUGCAGCAUCUGCCCAAACUGUGUGCAGAGUUGUUGCUUGAUGGAUUUCCUCUUGAGCUUGUAGAUGGAGAUGCAUCCAACAUCCCUCUCAGAUGGGUGAGUGAUGUUCUCUCUCAGCUCAGUGACUUGGUGUCUCCAAACAGAAAGAUCCUGGUAGUCACAGUUCUUGGAGUUCAAAGCACAGGAAAGUCCACUCUCCUUAACACCAUGUUUGGAGUGCAGCUUGCAGUCAGCAGUGGUCGAUGUACUCGAGGUGCCUUUAUGCUGCUCAUCAAAAUCAGUGAAGACAUGAAAAAGGUCCUAAACUGUGACUUCAUGCUGAUCAUUGACACUGAGGGCUUAAAGUCACCAGAACUUGCACAACUGAACAACAGCUAUGAGCACGACAAUGAGCUUGCUACACUUGUUGUGGGGCUGAGUGAUGUCACCAUUGUUAAUAUUGCAAUGGAGAAUUCAACUGAAAUGAAGGACAUCCUACAAAUAGUUGUGCAUGCUUUUCUCAGGAUGAAGGAGGUGGGCAAAAAGCCUAAAUGUGUGUUUGUUCACCAGAAUGUGUCCGAUGUUUCAGCCCAUGAGAAGAACUCACAAGACAGGAAACUGCUCCUGGAACAGUUAAAUGAGAUGACCCAGGCAGCAGCCAAAAUGGAAAAGAUUUUCAACAUUCAAGAUUACAUAAUGGCUGCACAAAAACUGGCUGACAGCAUCAUUGAUGCUUUCACUCAAUUUGUGAGAGAAAAAGUGAGAAGGAAAAAGAUGUACUGUGACACGUAG